GGUGUGGGGAUGAUUCAUUUAAAACGCUUACCAGUUAGUGGCAGGGCCUUGAAGCAUCGCCCUGAUAGCUCUGUCGGUAGAGCGCCUGUACCAGGUUACAAAUCGGGUUACUCAUACCCAAACUUUUUUGACCAUAACCCCUAUCCGAAUUUUUGUUCAACCCGACAUCCCUCUCUUGCAAUUGAUGAGCGUAGGCGCCGACCAACAACUCCCAGGGAUUCAUAGGAUCGAUCCCUGCUCGGGGCUAAAUUCCUCUCUCUUACUCUAAUUUCUAUUAAGGACAUGGCGAGAUUUUGAUGGGAAAGAAUACAAUGAUAAGGAAGGCAAUUCGAGGCCAUUUGCAGAAGAAUCCAUUGCUUGAAAAAUUGCUUCCUUAUAUUGUUGGCAAUGUUGGAUUUGUUUUUACGACUGAGGAUUUGUCUGAAAUUCGUAAAAAGUUGUUGGAAAACAAGCGGGUUUGUUCGUCUUCAUUGUUUGAAGAAAAAUUAUUUCAGGGUGCUCCAGCCAAAGCUGGUGCUUUAGCACCUCUCGAUGUCAAACUGCCACCGCAAAAUACUGGGAUGGGACCUGAGAAGACUUCUUUCUUCCAAGCGCUUCAGAUUCCAACAAAAAUUUCUCGUGGAACUAUUGAAAUUCUGAAUGAAGUUCAUAUUAUAAAACUUGGCGAAAAGGUUGGCGCUUCUGAAGCUGCUUUGCUUAACAUGUUGAACAUUCAACCGUUUUCUUAUGGUCUUGCUGUACAACAGGUUUAUGACACUGGAGCAAUUUAUUCUCCUGAUGUUUUGGACAUUACUACGGAUGAUUUGAGAGCUCGUUUUAUGAAUGGAGUUCGAAAUAUAGCGGCCGUCUCUCUCGGAAUUUCGUAUCCAACAAAGGCUUCUAUUCCGCAUAUUAUUGCUAACGCAUUCAAGCGUUUGUUGUCUGUUUGUGCUGAAACUGAUGUUACUUUUAAAGAGGCUGAGAAGCUUAAAGAGUAUCUAGCUGAUCCAUCAAAGUUUGCAUCAGCUGUGGCCGCUGCGGCCCCAGCUGCUGCUGCUGCACCGGCGGCUGCAAAGGAAGAACCAGCCAAAAAGGUUGAAGAGAAGGAAGAGUCUGAUGACGAUAUGGGCUUUGGCUUAUUUGAUUAA